UUCUCAUACCAACAACAUGCUGUUCUUCAUCUUCUUAUCAGUUCUGGCUCUGGGUGUCGCAUCUCCUCCAGGUGAUGGUGAAGUGAAGCUACAGCGAGGUGGUUGUCCCAUGUUCUGGUUCAACUUCAACGGACGCUGCUACAAGUAUGUCGCCACCCUGAUGACCUGGGCUGAUGCAGAGCUCCACUGUGUGUCACAGAGGGCCAACCUGGUGUCCAUCCACAGUCUGGAGGAACACAAUUUUGUCAAAACUCUAAUCCAGAAUUAUGACCAUGCUCUGGGAAACACCUGGAUUGGAUUCAGUGACACCCAAAAGGAAGGAGCAUGGAUGUGGUCUGAUGGGUAUCCAGUGGACUUCGUCCUGUGGGACAACGGAGAGCCUAACAAUCACCAGGGAAAUGAAGACUGUGUUAACUUUGGUGACACUUUAAAAUGGAACGAUUAUCCUUGUUCUCGAAGUUUUCCUUCUGUCUGUGCAACUCGUAUUCCCUGCCCAGCCAGUGUAACAGGAUCACCCUCCUGGACACCAGCCCGUCCUAUAAGUGAAUUAAGCGGCUGCUUAUGGUCCCCACAGCCUACAGGGGACCCCAUGGUUACUAAGGGGCCCACAUUAAUUAAUAGCACUGUAGUGAUCAGCUACAACCACAGAUCCAGUCCUCAUCCUGCUCCUGUGACAGAUUCUCACACCAUCAACAUGCUGUUCUUCAUCUUCUUAUCAGUUCUGGCUCUGGGUGUCUCAUCUCCUCCAGAUGAUGGUGAAGUGAAGCUACAGCGAGGAGGUUGUCCCAUGUUCUGGUACGAGUUCAACGGACGCUGCUACAAGUACGUCGCCACACCGAUGACCUGGGCUGAUGCAGAACUCCACUGUGUGUCACAGAGGGCCAACCUGGUGUCCAUCCACAGUCUGGAGGAACACAAAUUUGUCGAAAUUCUGAUCCAGAAUUAUGACCAUGCUCAGAGAGAGAUUUGGAUUGGGCUCAGUGACAUCCAUAAGGAAGGAAAAUGGAUGUGGUCUGAUGGGUGUCCAGUGGACUUUGUCCUGUGGGACAACAGCCAGCCUAACAAUUGGGGGGGAAAUGAACACUGUGGAACCAAAAACUAUGGAGAAAGUUUAAAAUGGAACGAUGGUUAUUGUCCUUCAACUAUUCCUUCUGUCUGUGCCUCUCGUAUUCUCUGCCCGUGA